GAGAGACAGAAGAGCAUGAAGCACACAGAGUGAGAGAGAGAGAGAGCAAUACAGGAGGAGAUAUAGAGAAGGAGAAGAAGAAAAUGGAGAGAACCCCUCGGCCUGAAAUGGGCCGGGAAUGGGGUAGAGGAUGGUCUGUAACUGGGGGAGAGCCAGCAGAGCCUCACAUGGUGAAGCACACACUCCCGUGUCCCGUCCUCGCUCUCACUGACCAGGCAGGGACAGACUAACCGGGCGGCAGCGAUGUCUCUCCUGUCUUUAACCAACCCUCCCGGCUGGAGCGUGUGCUCUGCUCUCUGCAUCCUCAUCGUGUUGCUCCCAGAGGCCAAAGCAAACGACCUGAACACCACCACUCAGCGCAAUGGCGGGGGAUCCCAGUGCGGGGAGUACACUAACCAGGUCAUGGAGGACGGGAUGUGUCGGCUGGUGGCCACGCUGCCUCAACUGGACGAGCAGAAGUGCCCGGAUAUGUUUCGCUGCACGGACGAGGUCUCCUACUGGCUGCACGAGAACGAGGAGAGGAAGCAGCAGAUCGUGGCCCUGAAGGAGACCAUCUCUGAGCUGCAGGAGGAGCUGAGGAACCACCGGCACCGCAUCAAAGUCCUGGAGCUGCAGAAUGAAGAAAGGACCCACCUGAAUAUCUCCCUGGAGCAGCGUUUUCAUGAGUUGGAGCAUCACUACACUGAAGCCACCACUCUGCUGCAUCUACAGGGCACUCUGAUCCUUGACCUCCAGAACCACCUCCAUAAUCUGACACUUUCGAUGGAUAAAGUCAAAAGCAGCCCCGGGUGCAUGAUCAACAUCGUCCGUCCCAACCCGCUGAUGAGUGCUCAAGAAGCUCUGCACCCAGAGAUUCAGCAUGUGAGAAACUGUCCCAUAGACUGUGCUUCCAUCUACUACAAUGGAGUGAGGAGAUCAGGCCUCUACACGGUGGUGCCAUCACUGGCCGGCAUGCCUGUGGAGGUCUAUUGUGAUAUGGACACAGACGGUGGUGGCUGGACCGUGAUCCAGCGUCGUGCUGACGGCUCACUGAGCUUCGACCGCACCUGGAGGGACUACAUGGACGGCUUCGGUGACCUGCACUCAGAGUUCUGGCUGGGCAAUAACCACAUACAUGACCUGAGCACCCAGGGAGACUACAGCCUGCGCAUCGACCUGGAGGACUGGAGCAACAAGCACAAACAUGCCAUCUACCAGAGCUUCAGUGUGGAAGAUGAAGAGCAUCAGUACCGUCUCCAUGUGUCAGGCUUCAGCGGGACGGUGCAGGAUUCUUUCAGCUGGUACCACGACAAACAGGGCUUCAGCACCCCAGACAGUGGCAACAUCUGCGCUGAGAUCUCACACGGUGGCUGGUGGUACAACCAGUGCUUCUACGCCAACCUUAACGGAGUCUACUACCGGGGAGGUCACUACACCCCUAAAGGCCGGGGGCCGCUGGGUCCUGAUGGGAUCGUUUGGUACUCCUGGAAAGACUCGGACUAUUACUCCCUACGCAAAGUCACCAUGAUGAUCCGACCACGCUCUUUCCGAACCCGUCUGUCACCAUGACCCACUGUCACCAUGACAACAGGAACAAUCCGGGCAGUAUAGGGGUCACACCGGCAUCUCAGUGACGCCGUGGUGAUGAUGACAUUUUACUGACAGAGCUCAUCAAGAAGGAACUGAACGUCAACAACAAUGGCCUUCUGCUAUUUUUGAACCACUGUUUGUGCAAAUGUGGCUGGUGUGCUCGAUAGCCUCAAAACCGUGGACUCAUUUUCUGCUGCAUAUUUUUUUUUUUUUUAAAACAAACUUUAUACUGCGGAGUUCUUUUUGGGACAUUUUUCAUUCAGUCACAUGGAAGUGAGUUCUUCCUUAUUUUCUACUUCUAUUUUGUACCUUUAGUUUGAUACUUUGACACACUAUUAGCAGCCAAAAAAAAGGUACAUUUGUACAGUGUGUUGACAGAGGAGGCUUGUGCAACUAAACAGGAAGACUGUUUAUUGAACGAUCUGCAUAUGGUGUGUGCUUAUCUUAUUGCAUAUACGAUUACUCUAUUAUCUAACUUUAUUCAUUUUGAAUUGCAGCCAACUAUGAGUUUAAUCUAUUGUGUAAAAAUAUUUGUCGAAAUAAAAAGGGUUUUAAUACUAUAACAAGUCAGGACACCGGAUUAUAUUAGAUCUAAUAACCCUUUGAUUUGAUAAGUGCUACUGUCUCACAGUAUAGGGUAAGGCAGAGAUGGUGUGCUAUAUGAGGACAGUGUAUAAAUACAUACUGUAUGGAUUGUACAAUAAACACUAUAUAUACACAAAA